AACCAUGGACAAAACUGCUGCGCUGGCUCCAGAACUUUUGUGCACGAGUCCAUCUGCGAAGACUUCGUGAAGAGAUCCGUGCGACUGGCUCAAGAGCGUGUCGUUGGUGAUCCCUUUGAUGAAAAGACACUUCAGGGCCCUCAGGUGAGCCAGACACAGAUGGAACGAAUACUGGGUUAUAUAGAAAAGGGUAAAUCUGAAGGGGCAACGCUGGAAUGCGGUGGUUCACGUCUCGGCAACAAGGGCUACUUCAUCCAACCUACCGUCUUCUCCAAUGUGACAGAUGAUAUGACUAUUGCCAAGGAAGAGGUAAGUGCUGAUAUUCCACACUUGAGGAUUUUGCAUUCAGUAUUAUAUUUGCAGGUUCAGAGAUCUUUAUCAUUCAUUAAAUCUUAA